AUGGAGGCGGUGGAAGACACCAAUCUGGAAGCCGCGAUCGGUUGGCUCGCAGACACCAUCCUCACGAAUCUCCCACCCGGUGGCAAGCUGGACUCCUGGAUCCGCCAAUCUGGCCUUGGCAAUGACAUCGAGAAGCUCAAGUGUGAGGUCGAGGCAGUGGAGAUGACGGUCUCUGCUGUGCAGGGGAGGGCAGCCAGGAACAAGCCGCUGGCCAAAUCUCUCGCUUUGGUCAAGGAGCUGCUCUACGACGCCGACGACGUGGUCGACGAGCUGGACUGCUACAGGCUCCAGCAGGAGCUCCAACCAGAGACACUGCUGGAAACAGACGGGCAUGGGACGCAUCAAGUUGAGAGAUCUAGUGAAAAUGCUGAUGUACAGAGUAGCAGUAAUAGCAGGUUGCGGUUCGAGGGAUGGAUUCACUUUGAAAUCACAGAGUUUGAACAAAACGGAGGGCCUGCCAAAGCAAGAUGCAAGCACUGUCAAAAACAAGUUAUGUGCACAACCAAAAUGGGGACGUCAGUUUUGCACAACCAUCUCAAGAGCAAAGGUUGUGCCAAGAAACGUGGAGCCAGUGACCCUUCUUCAAGCACCGCCAAUGCUGCUACAAUUCCAAUGCCUGUUGUAACUGGCAGCAGAAAAAGGAUGAGAACCGGUCAGGAGUCAACACACAUCACUGCACCUAACCCAAACGGCCGGUGGAACAAGGACGCACUUUCCGAAAGGAUACAAGACAUCACUAGUCAGCUGCAAGGGAAACAUGGGGCUAUCACAAGGCUUCUCAAGAUACUUCCGUCCAACUCUGUUGGUGCAAGUUCAAGCCACUGUCAGACUACAAUCUCAGAUCCAUGCCGAAGAACAUCAGGUGUUUUUCAUGGGAAAGUGUACGGGAGAGCUCAAGAGAGAUCCAUCAAAAAGUUGAUAAAAGAACACAAAUCAACUACCGGUGUAACUGUUCUGCCUAUUGUCGGCAUUGGGGGAGUUGGGAAGACAGCUCUCGCUCAGCUUGUAUACAAUGAUCCAGCUUUGCAAAGUCUACUUGAUCACAAGAUAUGGAUCUGGGUGUCUAAAGACUUUGAUGAAAUGAGACUAACAAGAGAGAUGUUGGAUUGCGUCUCCCAAGAAACUUAUGAUGGCCUAUGCAGUUUUACCAAGCUUCAGGGGGUCUUGAAGGGUCAUAUUAAAUCAAAGAGGGUUCUACUUAUUUUAGAUGAUGUCUGGGAAGUCAUGGAUGACUGCCGGUGGAACAAAUUGUUGGCUCCUUUCAAGUCUGAUGAUGGUGCAAAUGGCAAUACGAUAAUUCUUACAACUAGAAAACCGUCUGUUGCCAAAAAGAGAGGUACAAUUGGACCAAUUAACUUAAAUGGUUUGAAAAAUGAUGAUUUCUGGCUAUUUUUUAAGGCAUGUGCAUUUGGUGAUGAGAAUUACGAAGCCCAAGCUAAUCUAAGUGACAUAGGACAGAUAAUAGCACAAAAGCUAAAAGGAAACCCAUUAGCAGCACAAACUGUUGGGGUACUAUUAAAAGAUCGUCUUACUGUGGAUCAUUGGAGUAGCAUUCUAAUGACCGAAGAUUGGAAAUCCCUACAACACACUGGUGGCAUCAUGUCUUCUUUGAAGCUUUCCUAUGAUGAGAUGCCCUACCUUGUACAACAAUGUUGCUCAUAUUGUUCUAUAUUCCCCUAUGGUUAUGAAUUUCAUGAUCAGGAGCUAGUUCGUCUUUGGAUUUCACAGGGAUUUGUGAAGCCUGAUCAUUCAAGUAAGAGUUUGGAGGUGGUUGGACGGUAUUAUCUGACUGACUUGGUGAACUUGGGCCUGUUUGAAGAGGUUGAAAGAAAAAGAUCCUCUCUUGGUAGUCAAACUCAAACUUGCUAUGCUAUGUGUGGCCUGAUGCAUGAUUUUGCAAUGCUAGUUUCAAGAACUGAGUGUGCAACUUUGGAUGUUUGCAAUGCAGUGAAGUUUUGCCAAAUGUACACCACUUGUCCAUACUGA